AUGGCGCGGAAGGUCGGCUUUGGAUCCAAGAAGCCACGCUCCACCGCAAAGCGGGAAGCGCAGAAGGCUCCAACUGUUCGGAUGCUGCCCAAAGCCAAGAGAGACUACAUCAUCGAUGACCGGCCCUCACAGCGAAGCAAGCGCAAGAAGGUCCGCUCCAGCUCUCUGACGAAGGGGAAGUACGAAGCCAUUCCCGGCACACGGGUUCAGCCAGCUGCAGGCGGGAAGCACGCGCGAGUUGUCAUCCAGGAUGGCAGGACUUUUGACCCCAAAAACGUCCGGGCAGCGAGGCGGCAUUUGAAGCAGCUGGCAUCGGAAGCGGAGGAGCUUGCCCGCAUCCACGGCACCAAGGACAAGGAAUCGCUGGCCAAGUCAGCAGCCGAAAUAUCAGCCAAAGCAGCUGACUACAAGGGCAGGUUGGCUGUCAAGGCAAAGCAGAAGCUCAUCAACAAGAAGCGCAAACGCAAGGCCGCGAGCUUCAUGGUACCCGCCGGAGCGAUGAAUACCAGACGAUUCGCCAAUCCCUACGGGGUGCUGGAGUCUCCACAAGCGUCCCCGUGCCUUUCCUAUGCCGGCUCCCCGCUGGCUUCGCCACUGCAGGGAUUUGCCCUCAGUCCGGUUCAUGUUGCCGAAUUACCACCUGCAUCACCAAGCAUUCAGAGCCUUCCGCACUGCAGCAACCUGGCCAAUCCAAGCACAGGAGCCAUUCACCCAGGCGGAAGCGUCUUCGACCUGAUACCGUUGCAAGUGUCCCAUGUUGCCCGUCCAGACCUUCCGAGUGCACAGCCGGAGGGUCCAUUGGCUAGGCAAACCUCCGGCCGGUCUGGGCCUGGCUGCGGCUCUCCACAAUUUGUGGCAGCGCAGCCCCGGCCGGUGCCACCGCCACUAACCCUGGGUUACGCCAUGGGGCCCACGCUAUCUUCCCCAGCGGCCCCUGGAUCUCCUUCCUGGACAACGGUGACGACUCGCCGCAAACAGACGCUGGAACCCAAGCCAGUUGUGGCCAAGCCAGUACCCGCGCCGCAACUUCAGAGGAUGAACACCACGGGGGAUGCAGCAGAUCUCUACUAUGCCCAGAAGGAGGCUUUUGUAAGGGGCUGGACGCACGAUGCCAAGCACACCCGAAGCGUCAAGCAGAAGAAGCGCGUGGAUUAUCAGGUAGAGAAGAGGCGGCAACAAAGUGAACGCGACAGAGCAGCCAUGGCGGCUGACUACGGCGACUCAGACCACGACUGA